AUGACCAUUUCACUUGUUGAGGGGCAUUUUGGGUACAGUAGAAAAGAUCAGCAUGUGUGGUUUAAAAAAUUCAAAUCGUGUGGUGGGCAGCUACAAUCUCCGAUAUCAAUAUUAUCAUCCAGAUCGCUUGCUGUUCCUUUACCAGCUCUAGAAAUGAUCGGUUAUCAUGAUUAUCUCCAAGACAUGCUUCAAUUAAAGAACAAUGGUCAUUCAGUUGUAAUGAGUAUAAAUAAUGGUACAAGAAGUAAGCGCUUGCCAUAUGUAUUUGGUGCUACGCUUCCUGAAAAUGAAGAGUUCAAGGUAGAUCAUUUACACUUUCACUGGGGCGCAAAGAACAACAGAGGAUCUGAGCACAUAUUGAAUGAUAUCAGGUACCCAAUGGAGAUGCAUAUAGUUCAUAGAAAUAAGGCAUAUUCAAAUCUGUCCGACGCAUUAUAUCAUAAAGACAGUCUUGUAGUUUUGGGUGUAUUUUUUCAAUUGCAGGACAAAGACAAUAUGUUAUUGCAGCCCAUUCUGAAUUUACUAGGAAAAGUAAAAUGGUUGAACGAGGAAACAAAAUUAGGUACCCCUAUAACAUUAGCUUCCCUAUUGCCUGACAACACAGAUGAAUUUUAUGUUUAUAAGGGUUCCUUAACGACACCUCCAUGUAGCGAAGUGGUAACAUGGAUAAUCUUUUCAACUCCUGUUGCAAUAUCCUUCAAUCAGCUAACAAAAUUUAGAUUACUGUCCGAUAGCGUGGAACGAAAGUUGGCAGAUAAUUACAGAAUGCUUCAGGACAUAGGAUUGAGAAAAAUAUACGUCAGAAGACUAAAUUCAUAUACAUUUACAAAAUACAAUGGGACAACAUUUAAUGUUACGAAUCUAGACUGGUUUUGGCAUUAAAUGAAUUUAUAUAUCUUUGAGCAGAGUAUAAUGUAUUAUAAUAAAAAUGAGAUUUAUUACGUAAAGA